AUGUCUAGGAAAGCAGCAUUCUAGGCAGAGGGAACAGCCAGUGCAAGGGUCCUGGGGCAGCACUGUGCUGGUGCAUUGGAGGUUAAGCCAGGAUGUGAUGACAGAGCGUGGGCAUGAGAGCAAGAAAAGAAUCGUGGAUGGCAUCAACAUUUUGGAACCAAACCGCAUGGGAGGAUGGAAGUGCUCUCAACGCUCACUGCAACCUAUUGACCCUUCGUGAGCUCCAGAACCUUCCCAUUCUCCUUCACUUCUAUCUCCUGUUGCCAUGAUAACGAAACACAGCGCAUUAGUUUCCUCCGGCUGCUGUAACAAACGACCACGAACGUGGACCUACGAGGUUAGACCAGGCCCACAAUUAGUCCAGAAUAAUUUCUCCAUCUCCCCAUCGGCUGGUGAGUGACCUUAAUUCCUUCGGCAAAUUUGCUUUUCCCUUUGCCACUUGACAUAAGCGAGUUCAUGAGUUUAGAGGAAUUUGGAUAUGGACAGGCUUACUCUGUGCACCAUAUCCAGUGAGGUCACAAGGGCCUCUGUGACCUCAUCAUGGCCUGGUUCCCAAAUUUACAAGGUGACCCCUCCCACAUGGUUGCUGGAUGGGCAAACCUGUCGCCAGGGAUUUGAACCUAGGUGUCCUAACCCUCCGGCUGCCAUGGGAGCCCAGCCUGAGGAAGCUCAGAAGCCUUGCUCCAGUGUCCAGACCCUGUUUAAGAGGGUCAAGGCCUUACUCACCGAAGCCCCACCUCCGACCCCACCCCUGGCCCCCUCCCGGAACGUGGGCUGUACACACGUGUAUGGGUAUGUGUUUGGGCACGUGCGUGAAAACGACCUGGAGCAUCUGCCAUCACAGCAGGUGAGUUUGAGAACUGCAGGUCUUCGGCACCUGCAGCCUGACUGCCGGGGUAGAAGGCCGCGCUGCCUGCCUCUGCCUGCCCCACUCCCCUCCAAGCGGACCCGGAAUUCCAUCUGGAAGCAGUGGGGACCAGGGUGGGCCUUCACACUAGGAGGGGCUUCUGGGGUUGCAGGGAAGGAGCUGCAGCCCGGCUCAGUAUGGGUGGGAGCUGGGUCUGCCCUGCAGGUGCUGGACACAGGAGAGCAGCUGAUGGUCCCCGUGGACGUCCUUGAAGUGGACAACGAGGGGGCCUUGUGGAAGUUUCUGCUCUCAGGGGCCAUGGCUGGGGCGGUGUCCCGCACUGGGACGGCCCCUCUAGACCGAGCCAAGGUGUAUAUGCAGGUCUACUCCUCCAAGACGAACUUCAUGAACCUGCUGGGAGGGCUCCGAAGCAUGGUCCAGGAGGGGGGCUUCCACUCCCUGUGGCGGGGCAACGGCAUCAACGUCCUCAAGAUUGCCCCCGAGUACGCCAUCAAGUUCUCCGUCUUUGAACAGUGUAAGAAUUACUUCUGCGGAGUGCAUGGGUCCCCACCCUUCCAGGAACGUCUCCUAGCUGGCUCCCUAGCCGUGGCCACCUCCCAGACGCUCAUCAACCCCAUGGAGGUGCUGAAGACGCGGCUGACCCUUCGCCGGACGGGCCAGUACAAGGGGCUGCUGGACUGUGCAAGGCAGAUCCUGGAGCGGGAGGGCACCCGCGCCCUAUACCGCGGCUACCUGCCCAACAUGCUUGGCAUCAUCCCCUAUGCCUGCACUGACCUGGCCGUCUAUGAGAUGCUCAGGUGCUUCUGGUUGAAAUCAGGGAGGGACAUGGAGGAUCCCAGUGGCCUGGUCAGUCUGUCAUCUGUGACGCUGUCCACGACCUGUGGCCAGAUGGCCAGUUACCCACUGACCCUGGUGCGCACCAGGAUGCAGGCCCAAGACACUGUGGAGGGUUCGAACCCCACCAUGUGUGGAGUCUUCCGGGGGAUCUUGGCCCAGCAAGGUUGGCCGGGGCUGUACCGAGGCAUGACUCCCACCUUACUGAAGGUGUUACCAGCAGGUGGCAUCAGCUACGUGGUGUACGAAGCCAUGAAGAAAACCCUGGGCGUAUAGGCCGUGGCUAGUCGACACACCCUGGGCAGAAAUGGACAGGAGGAUCCAGGGUCCCCUGGCCCAAAGAGCCCACCAGGCUUAGACCCGGGGGGCAGUUUUUGUCAGGAGAAGCAGUCUGGAGGCCUGGGUCAGAAGAUCCCUGGGGAUCCUUCCUGAGGGUGCAGCCAGAGACUAGUGUGGACUCCAGUUUGGCUCGCUGUGGCUCGUCACAUCCAGCUUCAGGGUGAAAUGGUGGAUGUGGAGAGAACCUGAAAUAAAGAGACAGUUUCUGCUG